AUGUGUAGAACUGCAGAACCGUACAGUACUCUGAAAGCCUUUGGCCUUGGGAGACGUUGUCGUGCUCUACUGACUUCGCUCAGCGAGUUCUUAAUUACAUCCCAGUCUCCGAAUGGAGCCGGGAACCCUCUGGAGCAGCUCCAGAGUGCGAGAGGCCGGGCGCAAAAGAAGGCUUCAGCACAAUGGCUAGAUAGAUAUGGUAAGGGUUCCAUCGCCCUGGUGCUGAAGGCAGCCUGGCCGCAGAUGGAGUGCGGCGAGGUAUGCCAGGUUGAAAUCCUGAAUGCCGCGACCAUGCUCCCUCCAAUGUUCAGCUGCGCCGCUGCAUGCUGGCUGGUGGGGCCAAAGGCGUGGUGGAGAUCACAUGCAGCAAUUGCUUUGUUGUCUGGCUGGUUCCUCAUGGUUCCGGCGAGCACUGCUAGCCACCUCUACUGCGCUUUCAAUGGCCAGUACCUUCCCAAGCUUGAGCGGCUGGACCAAGCUUGUAUAUCCAUCGCUUCUGUUUUGGCUGCUUGGGCUUUGUCACGGUCGAAUCUGUUCACGGCGUUUGUGGGCAGCAUUUGCAUCAGCCUUGACCUGCUGAUGUUCGCAGGCCCAGAGGAGCUUCAUCACCACGUGGCCUGGAGAACGGAGACCCUUGCAUGCGUCGUGCUCCUCUACCUGAGCCCGAUGGUCUGGAGGCGUAACACAUUCGACUUCAGCAUCAUCCCGAUUUGUUUGUGCUUUCUGUUCGGCUUGGCGAUGGCAGUGUGGGCUCCUCUGGGCCCACGCAGUCAUCCUCUCUUCCACCUGGCGCUUAUCCCUUUCAGCUGCCCGAUCGGACUUGGAGCUUCUGUGUCUUUGGUGUGA